AUGGCAUCACAGUUCUUCGCAAUUGUUGCUGGAGUCGGGGCUGGAACUGGUGGCGCCGUUGCGAAGAGAUUUGCCCAAGCGUACCCAGUUGUUCUGCUUGCCCGAAAACCAGAGAGCUACAAUGACGUUGUCUCUGAAAUUCAGAAAGCCGGGGGCAAGGCUUUUGGAGUGACCACCGACACAGCGGAUGAAGCUUCGGUUGCGUCUGCUUUCGAGACCAUCAAGAAGGAGCUCCCUGACUCCAAGCUCGCUGCCGCAAUCUACAAUGUGGGUGGCGGCCGGGGCCUUAAGCCAUUCCUUGAGUUGUCAGUCGAAGACCUCGACUCAAGCUACCAGUCAAAUGCACGUGGCCUAUUCCUGUUCGCUCAGAAAGCUCUGCCGCUCCUCCUAGAGUCUGUUGAAGAGUCACCACAUCCGCCGUCCCUGAUCGUCACAGGCGCGACGGCAUCCCUUAGGGGAAGUGUACGUUUCUCAGACUUCGCUGCUGGCAAGUUUGCCAAGCGUGCCAUCACGCAAUCCCUGGCGCGAGAGUUUGGACCGAAAGGAGUUCACGUCGCACAUGCUAUUAUCGAUGGUGGUAUAGACAUUCCUCGCUUGAAGGACAGAGUUAUAAAUAAUGGGGCGCCAGACGGCAAGAUCAGCCCGGAUGCGAUUGCCGAGAGUUAUUGGCAUCUCCACACUCAGCACAGGUCUGCCUUCACACAGGAGCUUGACAUUAGACCUUAUGUCGAGAAGUUCUAG